AUGGCCUGAACGCUUGACCAUUUGCCAAUCCUUCUCCCACCCAGGAAAGCUUUGAGCAUUUUCACCAUUUUCAGAUUCAUUCUCUUCAGAUUGAUUUCUUCUCAGAAAAGAUGUGUGAGAACGGUCUUGAGGAAGGAGAAAGGGAACCUUCAAAUUCUUCUAUUGAAGAGAUUAAGGUUGACCCUGGGAAACCUGGAUCCCUGACUUGGCAACGAAAACUAAACGGUGAUGGAAAUGCCCCUGUAGAGUUCAAAAUAAAUCUUCGAGAAACAUUCCAUUUGGCUCCAAUAGGUUUUCGGCUAUGGCGUCAUGUCCGAGAAGAAACCGCCAAAGGAAGGGGUGCAAUGAUCGAUCCUUUUGUAAAGCGUUACAUUUCAUCUAGUCAGGGAGUCCCUCUAGGUGGUAUUGGUGCAGGAAGUAUUGGAAGAAGUUAUAGAGGAGAAUUUCAGCGCUUUCAACUAUUUCCUAUAACAUCAGAAAAUGAACCAGUUUUAGAAAAUCAAUUUUCUGUAUUUGUUACACGCCCAAAUGGUGAAAAAUAUUCUACUGUAUUGUGCCGACAGAGCCCAGAGGCACUCAAAGAAUGUCCACCAUCAGGGAUUGGAUCUUGGGAUUGGAAUCUGAAUGGGAACAAAUCUACAUAUCUUGCUUUGUAUCCGAGGGCUUGGACUGUUUAUGAUGGAGAACCUGACCCUGCACUUAAAAUUGUUUGCCGACAAAUUUCUCCUAUUAUUCCCCAUAAUUAUAAGGAGAGCAGCUUCCCUGUAGCAGUUUUUACUUUCACGCUAUUUAAUUCAGGGAAGACUGCUGCAGACAUCACCUUACUUUUCACAUGGGCAAAUUCUGUAGGAGGGGUUUCUGGACUUUCUGGUCAGCACUUGAAUUCAAAGUUUAUGAUGAAGGAUGGUGUGCGGGGUGUACUCUUACAUCAUAAGACUGCAAAUGGACGACCCCCAGUGACUUAUGCAAUUGCAGCACAAGAAAUGGAUGGUGUUCACAUAUCAGAGUGUCCUUGCUUUUUUAUAUCUGGAAACACCCCCGGUAUAACAGCCAAAGAUAUGUGGAAUGAAAUAAAAGAGCAUGGAUCCUUUGACCGCCUAAAUUCUGCUGAAACAUCAAUGCCUUCAGAACUGGGAUCAUCAGUAGGGGCAGCCGUUGCUGCUUCCCUGACAAUUCCAUCAGACUCAGAGCAAACAGUGACGUUUUCAUUGGCAUGGGACUGCCCUGAAAUAAACUUUUCAAAAGAAAGGACUUACUACAGGCGUUACACAAAAUUCUAUGGCACCCGUGGGGAUGCGGCAGCAAAAAUUGCUCAUGAUGCUAUUCUUGAUCAUGGCCACUGGGAGUCUCAGAUAGAAGCAUGGCAAAAACCCGUUCUCGAAGACAAGAGGUUCCCUGAAUGGUACCCCAUCACUCUCUUCAAUGAGCUCUACUAUCUUAAUUCAGGGGGAACGGUUUGGACAGAUGGAUCACCUCCAGUACAUAGUUUCACAAGCAUUAUAGAAAGAAAGUUCUCCCUAGAUAGGUCCAGAUCAGAUUUGAAGAACACCAUCAGUAUAUCCCAUCACAAUGACACUGCUGUUGACAUCCUUGAAAGGAUGACAUCAGUACUUGAGCAAGUACACACUCCUGUUACAUCGAAUUCUGCUUUUGGACCAAAUUUGCUUCAACAAGGAGAAGAAAAUAUUGGUCAAUUCCUCUAUCUUGAAGGGGUUGAGUAUUUUAUGUGGAAUACAAAUGAUGUUCAUUUCUACUCAUCUUUUGCACUAAUCAUGCUAUUCCCAAAACUUGAGCUCAGCAUUCAAAGAGACUUUGCAGCAUCAGUAAUGAUGCAUGAUCCCAGUAAAAUGAAACUUCUAUGUAAUGGGAAAUGGGUUUCGAGAAAGGUUCUUGGUGCUGUUCCUCAUGAUGUCGGAAACUAUGACCCCUGGUUUGAAGUAAACGGUUAUAACCUUUAUAAUACAGAUAGGUGGAAAGAUUUGAAUCCAAAAUUCGUUCUCCAAGUUUACAGGGAUGUGGUUGCUACAGGUGAUAAGAAUUUUGCAAAAGCGGUUUGGCCCUCUGUUUAUGUUGCAUUGGCGUAUAUGAAUCAGUUCGAUAAGGAUGGGGAUGGGAUGAUUGAGAAUGAAGGCUUCCCUGAUCAGACAUACGACACAUGGUCAGUUUCUGGCGUGAGUGCAUAUAGUGGUGGGCUCUGGGUGGCAGCCUUGCAGGCUGCUUCCGCCUUGGCACGAGUGGUAGGGGACAAGGGUUCUGAGGAUUAUUUUUGGUUUAAGUUUCAGAAGGCAAAGGGGGUAUACCAAAAGUUGUGGAAUGGCUCUUACUUCAAUUAUGAUGACAGUGAUGGUAGCUCAAGUUCAUCUAUUCAAGCGGAUCAGUUGGCCGGACAAUGGUAUGCUCGGGCUUGUGGUCUUUCUCCAAUUGUUGAUGAAGACAAAGCAAAAAGUGCACUGGAGAAGGUUUAUCACUACAAUGUGUUGAAGGUAGGGGGUGGGAAGCGGGGGGCUGUGAAUGGGAUGCUGCCUGAUGGAAAGGUUGACAUGACAACAAUGCAGUCAAGAGAAAUAUGGUCUGGAGUCACAUAUGGUGUUGCUGCAACGAUGAUCCAUGAAGGCCUGGUGGAUAUGGCCUUUCAGACAGCAAGUGGAGUGUAUGAAGCUGCAUGGUCCCAAGAGGGACUUGGUUAUUCUUUUCAAACUCCAGAGAGUUGGAACACAGACGACCAAUACAGAUCGCUAUGUUACAUGCGACCUCUGGCCAUAUGGGCAAUGCAGUGGGCAUUCUCGCAGCCAAAACUUCACAAGUACGAGGCGAACCCAGAAAUGAAUGAAGAUUCUCUAGUACUGCAGCAUGCUGGAUUCUCAAGAGUCGCCCGCCUCCUAAGGCUGCCAGACGAGGAUGUCUCCAGGAGCGCUUUACAGGUUAUCUAUGACUACACUUGCAAGAGGAUGUGGCUCUGAGGAAAGUUUCAUCAAUUCAACUUCAUUGUUGUAUAGAUCAUUGAUUCAUCAUGGAUGAAGGCUUGAAGACGAUGUGAUAAAAAACAUAUACGAGUCUGUUUGUUAUUUUUUCGGGUUCUAAGAUAAGGUAGCUAUUGUAUCAUCUGUCUACAAGGAUAUUGUCCUAUUGUAGAUUGGUGAUUAUAGAAAAUACUCAUAUUUAUGGAAAAUUAUGCAAAUUUGAAACAUCUC